AAGGCCUGCUCAUUUUUCUUAUCGUUCCUAAUUUUAGCAGUGAGCCUUGACUUGACUUGUUUGAGGUAAUGUCAAGCAUGGUAGAAUCAGCUGUUUUCUCCUUCAAUCAUCCCAUACUUCCUUCUUUCAAUACUUGCCCACCGUUCCUUUAUUCCCACACUUCCCAUAUACCCAAAUUCAAAACACUUAAUAACGUCACAAAAUCAUUCAGAAUCAGAGCUGUUGUUAUGGGUUCUUUUUCCUUGACAAAAGAUCAAACAGUUGGUGCGCGAAGUGCAGACAACUGUGGUGGCAAGCACAAAGCAGGGAGACCUAAGAGGGUGUUCUUCUUGGACGUGAACCCACUUUGUUAUAAAGGGAGUACACCCAGUUUGCGGGCUUUUGCUCACUGGGUUUCCCUUUUCUUUGCUCAAGUCAGCGUUAGUGACCCUGUUAUUGCUGUUAUUGAUGGGGAAAGAGGCAAUGAAUAUCGCAGACAAAUAUUACCUUCGUAUAAAGCAAAUAGGCGGAAGUUUGUACAACCAUUAUCAGCUUUGCAAACUUGUGGAAAGAGUUCAACUGGAAAGCAUCAACUUAUUACAGAUGUUCUAAGGAACUGCAAUGUGCCCGUUGUUAGAAUUGAAUCCCAUGAAGCAGAUGAUGUUGUAGCUACACUUGUAGGUCAAGUUUUAGAAAGGGGAUACCGUGUUGUUAUUGCCUCUCCUGAUAAAGAUUUCAAGCAACUAAUAUCAGAAGAUGUGCAAAUUGUAAUGCCUAUUCCAGAGUUGGAUAGAUGGUCCUUUUACACUCUAAAGCACUAUGUUGCUCAGUAUAACUGUGAUCCGCACUCUGAUCUGAGUCUCAGAUGCAUUAUGGGCGAUGAGGUUGAUGGUGUUCCAGGAAUUCAGCAGAUGGUUCCUGGAUUCGGUCGGAAGACUGCCAUAAAGCUUUUGAAGAAGCAUGGUUCCUUGGAAAAUUUACUCAGUGUUGCUGCAGUAAGGACCAUUGGCAAACCGUAUGCUCAGGAAGCCCUUUUAAAUUAUGCAGACUACUUGCGAAAAAAUUAUGAAGUUCUUGCACUGAGGAGGGAUGUUAAUGUGCAUCUUCAGGAGGAGUGGUUGUCUCAUAGAGAUGUUAACAAUGAUGAAAAAAGUUUAGCCAACUUUAUUGAGUUACUGGGUGAAACUACUUGGAAUAUGAGCCGCCAAAGUAGAUCUAGUUGCAAUGAAUGAUCUUGUAGUAGUUAACAUAUGAUUGGGAACAGAGUGCGUCUGGGCGGUCCAGGACUUUAAUGCGUAUAUGACAAGUGCUGCGUUGCAUCAAAUUAGAUCGCAUUUCUUGGAAUUUGCUGGAUGUGGCAGCCCAGAAACCACUGCAGGCAAAUUUACAUUCUUUGAGACCACAGGUUAAUACUUCCCAUGGCUUGUUCACUACAAAGCUGGAGUAUCAAUAAUUGCAACACAAUUUGUGGAGGUUUAUGUUUAUCUAUAUAUCUGAUACUCACUGCCCGCGUCAAAGUCUAAACAUACAAAUUCAGAAUUCGUACUUCUACCGUCUUUUUUCUUUGGUUGUGAGGGUUGGGAGGAGUGUGGACAUAACUGUAGGGACUUGGUUAAACAAACUUGUGUAUCCUUAAAUAGAGGCUUAUCAUCUUUAAAUUUGAACA